CUGAAUCGUGUGGGUGGGAAUUGGGAUACAUUUGUCGACACUUAAAGUCGGUAUUCUUCUUUUUCAGUUGUUGGAUCUUCUCCAAAGUGAUUGAUUGGAUCAUUUAAGUUUGUAUCCUUCCAACUGCUUUCUAUCCAUCUCAAAACCAGCAACAGAAACUCAAAUCCAAUCAAGAAAAUAAAUUUUAAAACUCGACCGUGAUCAUCACCAUCAGAUGUCGUCUAAGGACAAAGAAACCGGGAGUAGUUAUAAGAUGUUUAAGAUAUUUAAAAGGAACUUUAAAGUAAUUGAAGCUGAACCACCAUCAGAUGUCAAAGAAGCAUUUUCAAAAUACUCAGAGGGUAAAAAUCUGAUGACAUCUGAUCAACUGCUACAGUUCUUGAUCAAUUUUCAAGGAGAAUCUGAUGCUAAAAUUGAAGAUGCAGAUAAGAUAAUAUCAAAUAUUCUUCAAUCAAGACAUCACAUUGCUAAGUUUACUAGAAAUAAUACGCUUACUCUUGAUGAUUUUCAUCAUUAUCUCUUCGAUCAACAUCUUAAUUUCCCUAUCAAUCAACAGGUAUAUCAUGAUAUGACAGCUCCAUUGUCUCAUUACUUCAUAUAUACAGGGCAUAAUUCCUAUCUAACUGGGAAUCAACUCAAUAGUGAAAGCAGUUGUGUGCCAAUUGUAAAUGCGUUAAAGAAUGGUGUGAGAGUUAUUGAACUGGAUAUAUGGCCUAAUUCUGCAGGAGAUGACAUUAAGGUCUAUCAUGGAAGGACUCUGACUGCUAAAGUGCCAUUCAUUGAUUGCUUGAAGUCCAUUAGGGAAUACGCGUUUGUUGGGUCCGAAUACCCUCUGGUGGUAACUUUGGAAGAUCACCUUACUCCAGAACUACAGGCUAAAGCUGCUGAGAUGAUCACUCAAACUCUUGGGGAUGUGCUUUUUACAUCCAUAGAAUGCUUAGAGGAAUUCCCAUCACCAGGAGCAUUGAAGGGCAAAAUCCUUCUUUCGACCAAACCCCCAAAAGAGUAUCUGUAUAGUAAGGAUUCAUGUGAGAAUGAAGCACCCUGCGAGGACGAUAAAAAUGAAAAGAAAGUCAUUGAAGAUAAAAAUGACCUAGACACUGAAGACAGUGAAGACAGCGGUGGUGAAAGUGAAAAUAUUGAUAAUUCUGAAGAUAAAUCAUGCUCAUUAGGAGUUCAUAAAUACAAGAGUCUUAUUGGAAUUCAUGCUAAGAAACACAGGAGUGGGUUUGCCACGUCUCUCACGCUGGAUCCUAGUAAGGUUGAACGCCUCAGUUUGAGUGAACAACAGCUUGAAAAGGGAGCGGAGGAUUAUGGAACCGAACUUGUCAGAUUCACCCAGCGGAAUCUGCUGCGGAUAUAUCCAAAAGGAACAAGGUUUAAUUCAUCAAAUUAUAACCCGAUGAUUGGGUGGAUGCACGGAGCUCAAAUGGUAGCAUUUAACAUGCAGGGAUAUGGCAAGAAACUGUGUUUGAUGCAGGGAAUGUUCAGAUCCAACGGAGGGUGUGGUUAUGUUAAAAAACCUGAUUUUUUAAUUAGAACGGAUGAAGGAAACAAGUUAUUUAAUCCCGGGGAAAAGUUACCAGUGAAGACAUGCUUAAAAGUGAGAGUGUACAUGGGUAAUGGAUGGGAUUCUGAUGUCAAGGCAUCACAUUUUGACUCAUACUCUCCCCCGGACUUCUACGUGAAGGUGCAUAUAGUAGGAGUUCCAGCAGAUGCUAAAAAAUUUGAAACAGAACCUUUAGACGAUAGUUGGACACCGGUUUGGGACCAAGAAUUCUCAUUCCCGUUGACAGUUCCAGAUUUAGCAAUACUUCGUCUUGAAGUUCGCGACCAUGAUACGGGUGAGAAGGAUGAUUUUGGUGGCCAGAAUUGUUUGCCUGUUCGGGAAUUAAAAUCUGGUAUUCGGACAGUUCCUCUCUACGACCGAGAAGGCAAAAAAUACAAUUCGGCAAAACUUCUUAUGCGCUUUGAGUUUGUAUAGGAAUAUUAUCUUCUUUUAAGUUCUGUCACUGAAUGAUAAAAUGCUGUAAUUAUACUGGUAUUGUACUUUGCUCUUGUAAUCCAUGGAAUAAAGCUGCAAGGACUUGGAUUGUUACAGAGAAAAUUUUCUUUCUCCGGGGAACUAUUUUUUGUCGAUACAAUUUAAACAGCUUUUGUCGAUACAAUUUAAACAGCUAAUAAGUGAACUGCACUGAAUGAUGCAUUUUAUGAUCA